AUGGAAUCCAGUACAAAUCCAGAUCCUGCUGCGCUGGCCCUACAAAUCCAGUCGCUGUCAGCAACCGUGGAAGAACUCACAAGACAGAACCAAGAGAUGAAACAACGACUACUGCAGGAAAGCAAUCGUGCAGAUAGGGGAGACGACGAAGAUAGCAACAGAAGACGAACCAGCACUCCAGAGGAAGCAAGCUCGGAUCUUUUGAGAGAAAUGAGGAAAGAGAUGGACGAACUAAGAAAGGCCAUAAAAGGAAAGACGGAUCAAAGCUUGGAGAGAAUCGUUCGGAAGACGGAUUCGCCCUUUACCAUAGCCGUCCAGGAGUGCCCAGUACCCUCCAAGUUUCGUCUACCCCAGCUGGAACCUUUCAACGGGCUGAAAGACCCCUUGGAUCACCUGAAUACCUUCAGGACGACCCUAGGCCUCCAACAGCCGCUUGACGAGAUCUUCUAUCGUUCAUUCCCUACGACCCUCAAAGGAGCAGCCAGGGAAUGGUUCAACAAGUUGCCAACAUUGUCCAUUGGCAAUUUCGAGCAAUUGAGCAGCUCCUUUGUCCGUCACUUCAUAGGGGGACAGCGACCAAAGAGAACUGCCGACCACUUGCUUACCAUCAAACAAGGAGAGAAGGAACCACUAAGGUCCUACGUGACACGUUUCACCCGAGGAAUGUUGGAAAUAGACGAGACAGAUGACAAGGUACAUCUCACCACCUUCAAAGCAGGAUUGAAGUCCAGGGAUUUUGUGGCAUCCUUGGCAAAGAACCCCCCUAAGACGAUGGCCGAGGCACUGUUAAAAGCUCAGAAGUACAUGAACGCGGAGGAAGCCCUGGCAGCUAUUGACGGAGCAGACAAGAGUAGGGAAAAGAAGAAAGAAAAGGAGGACGAUCGAAGAGGGCUAAAACGGGAACGGGCUGACAGACGGAAUGACGAUGGAAAUCGAAAGAGAGACGACAAAAACCCUCGUCCAUCAAAGUUCACCCCGCUGGUGAUGCCAGUAGAUAAAAUUCUAACAGAAAUAAUGGACGAACCAUCCCUAAAGUGGCCAAAACCACUCCAUUCAGCACCUGGAUUGCGUGACAAGAGGAAAUACUGCCGUUUCCAUAAAGAUCAUGGGCAUUACACGGAGGACUGCAGGGACCUAAAAGAGCAGAUUGAAGAGCUCAUCCGUAAUGGGAAGCUACAACAAUAUGUAAAAAGGGGGGAUUUCGGCAGGUACGGACAGAAAAGCCAGCCAGUGAAUGCACGAAGAGACGAAGAUCGCCCCCAACCUCGUCCACAGAGCGCACUAGGGGAAAUAAAGACCAUCGCCGGGGGACCAACCGCCGGAGGAUCAUUCAAGUCUCUCAGGAAGUCAUACCAAAGACAGGUAAACAGUGUCCACAAUGUACCACCGUCAAAGCAAAGACGCACCAGUGAAGACUUGCAUUUCUCUGAGGAAGAUGCCAGAAGUGUGAAGUAG